AUGUCGACGCAGGAUCUCCAGUGGCUUCUUCUCCGCAAGUCGAACAGCUUCCUUGUGAAGCAGAAGGGUCUCGGCCGCGUUUUCUCGCGUGAGCCGGGUAAUGUCGCUGCUCUCCACAGCUACAAGUACUCCGGCCUUGUCAACGACAAGUCGGUCGGUAUCGUCCCGGCUGCUGGCCGCGGUGUCGUUGUGUCGACCCGCAAGCAGAAGGUGUCGCCGAACGCCAUCAAGGGCUCGCGCAACUCGACCACUGUGAAGGGUGGCUCGCGCCGCGUGGCUGGUGCUGUGGCUAACAUGGUCGCCAAGAACGGCUACCGUGCUGACCUGCGCAAGCCUGCUGUGGCCCGCGCUACUGCCAUUGUCAACGCCCAGGUGCGCAAGCCGCGUGUCCAGCGCGUGCGUGCCCCGCGUGGUGCCGCUGCUCGCAAGGCCGUGGUUGCCGCUGAGGAGCAGUAA